AUGACACAGACAGUACCAGCAGCUGCAUCCGGAAGCAAGAGGAAGGUGGACGUACUGGGAGGCGCGGCCGCGGCGGGAACCGCGGUCGACGACGACAUCGUCAUACUAGACGGGCCCGGCGAGUGGAACGGCGCCCAGGUGCCCGCGAGAAAGAGGCCGCGCGUCGAGGAGCAGACAACCACGCUUGCCACGAAUCCACAACUCCCCCCACUCCCACCCCCUCGACAAGCGCCGCCACCCAGCACAAACGUCAAGCCGCGGGGCAACCUGAAUGGCUUCUUGGCCCUCCAGGCUGCUCUGCGCGCGAAGCGCACCAUGCGGGGGUACUCAUCCACCCCAAGUACCAAAGAAUGGACCGAAUGGGGACUGGGAUACUUCGACUUCGAGCUACCCGACACGAAUCGCUUGAUCGCCGAACACAAGAGUGUCGUCAGCCGGCCCCUCCAGCCAGCGUCUCCCCCCAAACCCUCGUCGGUGCCUUCGCCCGCGAAGCUCUAUCAGGACUCGCUGCGCAACCAGGUCACCUCCGCCCUCGCGCUCGCCGAGACGCUGCACGGUCUUUAUACCGGGUCCGCGUCGAGCAGCCAGCAGGCCGCGUCUAUCCCCCAAACCAUCGCACCGACGGCCUUGAUGCUCGCGAGACCCGCGCCCCCUCCCACGCAAGCUCAGGCGCCUACCCAAACCUACCCUCCUGUACCGCCCGCCGCACAAGCGCCGGCGCCGCCCGCUGUGCCCCCACAACAGCUCAACCGCAGUACCAGCAAUGGCGCGCAAGCAUACCCAGCCAAUACUGCUGGACCCUCAAGUACUCCGCGUGUAAUGGCUCCGCCUCCCGUCCCCACACCUCUCACCGCCAAUCAGGCCGGCUCUCGCCCUGCGACAGCGGCUCCUCCCACACCCUUCGUCGCACCCAGCACUUCCGCAAGCGCUUCCCAUCCUCCUCGACCGCCCAGCGCGCAAAUCCGUGAUCCUCGCAUGCAGCCACUACCACCGCCAACCCCGAUCGCGCAGGCUUCUCCGCACCCCAAUGCGGCGAUGCAGCAACGGACCCCGAUGCUCCAGCCACGGACCCCUGCUAUGUCGCAGAGUACGCCGGUCAUGCAGCAGCAGCGAACUCCUGUUAUUCCGCAAGGAGGACCAGUCAUGCAGCAGCCAGGCGGAUCCGUGAUGCCUUCGGGCGCGCCAAUGGUGCAGCAGGGGACACCGAUGGUGCAGCACGCGACGCCGCGCAUGCAGCCCAACAUGCAGCCGCGGCCAGCCGGAGCGCCAAUGCCGGGGACUCCCCAGCAGAUGCCCAACGCCGCUGCGCAAGCGCACGCGAACCCGACCCAACCUCCGAACCUUGCCCAAGCACAGCAAGCUGUCAUGCGGCAAGGUGUCACGCCUCAGGCCGUCAGAGUCUUCCAGCAGGCUAUCUUGCAGGGCGCUAGCUUUCGUCUCACGCCGGAGGCACGCAGUCAGUUGCCGCCGAACCUGCAGCAAGUGCUCAAGACGGCCCCGGAGCCAAAUCACGGCGCAGUCGUGCAUCGCUGGGCCACCCAGCUCUUGCGGAACACUGGGGUUCAGCAGGCAGCGGCGGCGCGGGGUGUGCAGUCACAGCCCCCGCAGGGCGGCCCUCGUGCGCCGGCGGUGGCGGCCCUGACCCCUCAGCAGCAGCAGCAACUCGCUGCUCGUCAGGCAGCAGCUCGGCAGGGUGGGCAAAAUCCUCAGCACGCAGCCCAGCAGAUGCAGUACAUGCGAAUGAUGCACCAAGCGCAAGCCCAGGGGGCGCCAGCGAACAUUCAGGCGCAGAGGAUGGGCGCGCCCCCACAGCCGAUGGCGGGCAGGCCGGUCAUGGCGGCACCUCAGCAGAUGGGUGCAAUGUACGCUGGACAGGUCCCCCAGCCAUACAGUCAACAGCAGCGCGCAUAG